CGAGCUUUCGCAGAGUGCUCCAGUCUAUUACAUUCAAAGGCAUGCGUCUUCAAGUUACCUCUGCAAUAUCUCACGGGACUUGGAGUUCGCUGUUCGCGAGCAUCUCUCGUCACUCUGGAAAAAGGAAGAAACUUCCCAGUCGUGGCAGGCUCCACGCCCACGACGCCAUUGUGAACACAAACCUCGCUCUUCCCGUAGAGCUCCUCUAUCCUAUUCUUGCCGAGGCUUUUGGAGAUUAUCUUUAUCGACUAUUAGCUACUCCUGAGGACUUGGAUGACAUCAACCCUUUCCUUGCGUGUCUUCAUGUCAACUCGACCUUUCGAGCAUGCACUCUGAAGCUCAUGGGCUACUUGUGGGGAAACUACGACAUGUUGUUUGACCAGCACUCAGGAAAGCUAUCGAACUUCAAACCCGCUUUCUACCUCCUCAAGAAACCUUCGAAACUCAUUCGUCACUACCCUUGGCCACGGACGCCCAGCAUAAUCGACAGCAGCCGCAUCUACAAGCACUAUGGUCAUAUCCCACUCGUCCAGAUGGGGCAAAAUGUCUUGCUGGAGAAUGCAUACCAAGAGUCGUGGCUGAAGGGGCCAGACUCCAGGGACGGAAGACUCUCACUAUUCUCUCACUUCAGCUCCCACCACAGUAUUGAGGCUUAUUACCGGUCGUCCCUUGCAGCGGGUGCGCCAAAAGCACUGUUGAAGAAGGUUCACUUCUAUUCCCUUACUCAGAUGUAUUUAUGGAAGAAAACUCUUGCGCUCUUAUGCCUCAUCAAAUCGGGUUCUGGGCCUACUAGCAUCGGCCAUAAUUUUGAGGUCUUCAAAUCAAGCAUGGGAUCUCACCCACAGGAAAACAUCGAUUUCCAAGAGCACUGGAACGAGCAUGCUCUGCAUACCGGCAAUGUCGCCCACACUUAUCUGCGCGCCGGUAUCGCCCAUGAGCUCGACGUGGAGGAGGAUGAGCUUCCAAUGAUCAACCCAACGGCUCUUAAAGCCAUUGGGUUCUUUGAGGUGCGAAAUGAUAUGUGCGGCUUCGCUGCCAUGGGGGGUCAUGCAGCUAGUUUAGCCAUGUCCGCUAAGAUGGUAUUGGGUAUCUGGCUUUCGGAUAAAGAAAAGAGGCUUUAUCUAGACAUUCCCGGGCUCGAGGAUGCCACUAUACCACAGCUCUAAUCGUUCAUGUGGUCUCUGAGUAUGCUCUUCACCUACAUUCUGAUUCUGCCG